AUGGCGCACUACGGCUCGCAUCUACCCAGUGAUAAGGGAGGUUCUAUCGCGUCGUGGCAGCCGGCGCCGUCGCUGGCGCUCGCGUGCCAGCAGGCGUCCUCCGCGCGCGGCACGCCGACCAUGGCCAGCAUGGGGAAGAUGAGCGUUGGGGACCUCACGGAGUCUGACCUCAAGGGGAAGCGCGUCUUCGUGUGCGUCGAGAUCCACGAGCCACCCGACGAGAACCAGAACAGCACCAACGACAUCCUCUCCACCUUGUGCGACACUGCCAUGCAUGUCGUGAAGCGUUGUCAACGCCUGUUUCCGCUCGUGGACUCGACCGGCGCGUUCGACGCGGCCGUGGCGGCGCGGGUAGCCCAGAUGGCUGUGCCGUUGCCAGCCAGGAACGCAACGCCCAUAGGCUCCUCACCAGAGAGCACGUCGUGCUGGUUCCCGUGUGACAACAAGAGCAGCAAGCAGCUGCAGCUGCAGCGUGGCGGGCCAUCGUUGGCCGAGCGACAACAGCCAAGAGCGAUGCUAGCGUGCCGAGCGAUCACGAAAAGGGUGAAGCAGCCCAAAGAAGAGGAGCAGGUGGCAUCAGUGCCAGAGGCGGCGGUCGUCGCCGACGUCGAGGGCAAGGAAGAGUACAACUCGGUGGCGAGGUUGACCGGGGUGAACUGCCGUUCUGAUUUCAUCAUCUGGAGGAGUCUGUUCAACACGUGCUGCAGGCUGUGCAAGUUGUUCACCUGCCAGGAGCUCAAGCUCACAGAUAGCCAGUCUGCAUUGAUCUUGAUUGAUGCUCAAGUGGUGUUUGAGGAAAUGCAGCAAAGUGCUACCUCGGUUGGUGCCCCGCAGGAUGCCUUCAACAUGUUCUGCAACAAGACUAGUUCUAGCAAGCAGGUGGCCAGAGCCAUCUUUGUCAACCCUGAGCAUGAUCUGUACCCCAAGAUCUUCCACCUAGAGCAUCUCAUCUCAGGGAAGGAGGACACAACUAACAACUUCUCUCGUGGCUACUACACUAUUGGAAAGGGAAUGGUGCUGGUAGCUAACAACUUUGGUGACGACCUCCUUGCUCGCCGCAGUGAGAUCAAGCAACCAUGGCCUCCACCUCAGGAGUUGGCGUGCUUGGGUUUGAAUAUCAUGGUUGUCUCUGUGUUCCUUGCUGCCAGUGACCUACAUGCAGUGACAUACAUAUAUGCCCAGUCUUUGUUUGGGAUCCCGGUGGUGUUGCGAACAGCAGCUUGGGGGCAAGCUGCAUCUCAAGGAGAGAGAAAUGUCAGGUACCAGGCCCAUAUGGUAUUUGCCGGCCCAGUUAGCUGA